AUGAAUCUACGACCCCUCCCUGACCGGAAAAUCUUCAUCGCAUUCUGUCUCCUUGCUCUCAUCGGCGCCGGCCUCGUCGUCUUCACCUUCCUCGGCGAUGACACCACCCACCUCAUCUGCACCGGAUCCUUCGACAACUUCCAAUCCGCGGCGGCCACGUUGCAACUCCGGGCCAUUCUCCACUACGCCACCUCCAAAACCGUCCCCCAACAAUCGGUCGACGAGAUCUCCAUCUCCUUCAACGUUCUUAAAUCCAUCGCUCCCUGCAACUUCCUCGUUUUCGGUCUCGGCCAUGAUUCUCUCAUGUGGGCGUCGCUUAAUCCCGGCGGCGUAACUUUAUUCCUAGAAGAAGAUCCCAAGUGGGUCCAUUCGGUUAUCAAAGACGCACCGGAUCUCAAAGCGGUUACCGUUAAGUACCGGACACGUCUUUCUCAAGCCGACCAACUUAUGAACACAUAUCGAUCGGAACCUGAAUGUGCUCCGAGCAAAUCUUACCUCCGAGGGAACACGCGGUGCAAGUUAGCACUGACAGGGUUGCCGGAUGUGGUGUAUGAUAAGGAGUGGGAUAUUAUAAUGAUUGACGCUCCGAGGGGUUGGUUUGCGGAGGCGCCGGGAAGGAUGGGGGCGAUUUACUCGGCGGCUGUAAUGGCUAGAAAUCGGAAAAAGGGGGGCGUAACACACGUGUUUUUGCACGAUGUGGAUCGGAAGGUGGAGAAGGCCUAUGCGGAAGAGUUUUUGUGCCGGAAGAAUUUGAAAGAUGGUGCAGGACGGUUGUGGCAUUUUGAGAUACCGGCGGCGGCGGCGGCAGGGAAUGUUACCGAAGGGAAGGGUGGCACUAGUUUUUGUUAGGACGAUGAACCACCGUAGUUAUGGUGGUCUGGCGGUUCAGCCUGUUAGUAUC